CUCUCACCACCUACUGACUGUCGUCACUUCCUUGCUUUGUUUGGAAAAGAAAAGGAAGGAGCGAGAGAGAAACCCAGCACUGCAAGUGAAAAUAUUUUUGGAAGCUGCUAAUGUGCGCCAGAUACCUUUCUUGUGUCAGUCGGUCUCUCUUUUUUAAGCUGCCCUAGCUUUUCAUGACCUGCUUCUGUUGUGGUUUUUUGUUUUUCUUUACUGAUUGGCGCAUUAUAGCCUUACCUCCACUAAAAUUACAUAUCUUUCACCUGGGGACAGGUCCUUUUCUUUUUUCUUUCUUAUUGUUAUUAAUUAUAAUAAUAAUCUCUUUUCUUUUCUUAAUUGCCAAUCAUUAUCUUCUUUCUCCUGAAUAAGCUUUUACCCUCUCAAGAUCCUCUUGGUCUCUUGCUUCCCUUUUUUUUUUCUUUCUAAUUUUGAAAAGAAAAGGGAAGAGUUUUAAAGGGAGCUAGGCUGGUGUUGCUAGAGGUUUUAGAUCUGAGGAAGCUAAGGUUGUUUGAAGCAAUGUCUCUUGGUUUCUUGGUUUCUUUUUGACUAUCUAAGUAAACCCACUUGCAUCUUUCUACUCCUAAAUUUUCUUGGGUUUUUUUAGGGUCUUGACUUCUUGGCCCCUCUUCUUCAGAGAAGCUGCAGUGUUUGGGUUCCUUUUGUUUUUGGUGGCAAAAAAGUCUCUUCUCGGGUACUCACUCUGCAUUUCUUGCUUGAAUUCCUAGGAAGAUAGAGAGAGGGGCUACUCGGUAAGUGGUAAACCUUUGUAGAAAUGCUGACCAUUGGGAGUCCUACUACCAGUUUGUUUACAAGCACUAGCUGUAAUACUUUGCUCAGAGAGCUUCAGGGGACACUUCUAUUCUGUGAGCUUUUACUAGCUGCUUCCAUAGAAGAAUUGUUCACGCAAAUAUGGACUGAAAUUGGCGAGAGUGAAGCAGAAAAGGACCGCAUGCUACUGGAGCUGGAGAGAGAAUGUCUGGAAGUUUACCGGAGAAAGGUCGAGGAUGCUGCCAAUUCCAAAGCACGACUUCAUCAGUCUGUUGCAGCUAAGGAAGCUGAACUUGCAACACUUAUGGCUGCUCUUGGAGAGCUAAGCAUUCAUUCUCCGAUUCAGACAGAGAAGAGGACUAGAUCAUUGAAGGAAAAACUUGCAUCUGUUACACCAGUUGUAGAAGAUCUGAGGAUGAAGAAAGAAGAACGGAUAAAGCAAUUUGCAGAGAUUAAGGCACAAAUUGAAAAAAUCAGCAGUGAGAUUUGUGAAUAUAAUAAUCUCAACAAUACUCUGGUGACAAAUUUAACUCUAGAUGAGGAGGAUUUGUCGUUAAGAAAGCUUAGUGAAUAUCAAAAUCAUCUUCGCAGCCUUCAAAAAGAGAAGUCUGACCGUCUUCAUAAGGUCUUUGAAUAUGUGAAUGAGGUGCAUUCUCUAUGUGGUGUGCUUGGGUUAGAUUUUGGCAAGACAGUAAGUGGAGUACAUCCAAGCUUGCAUGGAACCCAACAGGAACAAUCCACAAAUAUAAGCAACAGCACGCUGGAAGGUCUAGAACAGGCCAUUCGCAUGUUGAAAUUGGAAAGAAAAGCUCGAAUCCAAAAGCUGAAAGAUGUUGCAGCAUCGUUAUUUGAACUUUGGAAUUUGAUGGACUCUCCCACAGAAGAGAAAAACAAGUUUUCUAGACUUACUUCUGUUCUUGGAUUUGCUGAAUCUGAAAUCAUAGAACCAGGUGUUCUAUCAGCAGAGAUAAUUGAACAGGCAUCGACAGAAGUGGAGAGGCUCACUAAGUUAAAAGCAAGCAGAAUGAAAGAACUAGUAAUGAAAAGGAGAUCAGAUUUGGAGGACGUAUGCAAAAUGACUCAUAUAGAACCUGAUACAAGUACUAAUCCUGAGAAAUCCACUGCAUUGAUAGAUUCUGGUUUAGUGGAUCCUUCUGAACUUUUGGCAAACAUCGAAGCCCAGAUAGUCAGAGCUAAAGAUGAAGCUAUUAGCCGAAAAGAAAUUAUGGAUAGGAUAGACCGAUGGCUUUCUGCAUGUGAAGAGGAAAAUUGGCUUGAAGACUAUAGUCAAGACACUAACAGGUACAACGCUGGAAGAGGUGCACAUCUCAACCUUAAACGUGCAGAACGAGCUCGAGUGACUGUAAGCAAAAUUUCAGCAAUGGUUGACAAUCUGAUACUCAAAACCCUAGCUUGGGAAGAUGAAAAGAAGAUGUUAUUUCUCUAUGACGGGGUUAGAUUGGUAUCUAUACUGGAGGAUUACAAACUGACCAGACGACAGAGAGAAGAGGAGAAAAGGAGAUACAGGGACCAAAAGAAGCUCCAAGAUCUACUGCAAACAGAGAAGGAAGCCAUGUAUGGGUCUAAACCCAGUCCACGGAAAACUAACAGUUUUAGGAAACCAAAUGGUUAUCGUGCAAAUGGAAAUGGUUCUAUGACUCCCACACCUCGCAGGAACUCAUUUGGAGGUGCAACUCCUGAACUCCUCACUCCUCGAUCCUAUUCUGGACGUCAAAAUGGCUAUUUUAAGGAAAUGAGAAGGCUGUCUACUGCACCGUUGAACUUUGUUGCCAUAUCAAAAGAGGAAACGAUGUCAUUUGCAUCUGUUUGUGGUUCUGAGCCUGGCUCUCCUCCACAGGGUUAAGUGAUUUGGAAUGUUGUGAUGCAGGAACAUGAGAUCUUGUAGAAGUUUGAUGACCUAAAACUUCAAUUAUAGCCGUGGAACUUUGUGAAUAUGAAACAGAUGUACACUAGUGUAUGAUUGUGAUCAUUGUUAGGGGUUCUUGGAGAGUGGUUACUGAUGUUGAGGAGUCCACUGGGAUGCUAUUUUCUCUGAAGAAUAUCAGCUUGUGGAAGGGGUGACCAACACCGGUAGAUACUAGUUUGGAAACAUCAGCUCUCGUUCAACAAUACAGGCAUUAUGUUAGUUUCGUGAUAGUACUGACCAUGUUUUGUGGGUUUUGCUUGUGCGUUGCGAAUGUGUAUAUUAUGGAUUCCAGUGUGAUUGUCUAUCAUUUGAUGUUUAGGAACCUUGGUAUAUUUGGAGAAUGCAUAUUUUAGAAACUGCGGUGCGAUAGGUUGACAAGGAAUAAAUGUUUUGACUUAGUUGAA